GAUAAGCGGCUCCCGGUGUUGAAUGAGAAUAGCCAAAGCGGUGGACGAAAAUCCGGAGACGGGCGGCGGUUCGCCUGGUCGCUGCUGCCUUUUGCUGCCUCUUUCCCGGCGCCUGUUCGCUCGUCCCUCAUCAGCAGGAAUGAUAACUUGGGUGAAUGUGACUGAAUAAAGCCACUUCUGCAAAUGUGGGGCAUAAUACCAAUGGUGCGAACAGUAUGGACCUAAUGAACGGACAGACCAGUAAUGUUAAUAUUGUGGCUACUGCUUCAGAGAAGAGUAGCAGCUCAGAGUCAUUAAGUGACAAAGGUUCUACUGAAUUGAAGAAAAGCUUUGAUGCAGUGGUUUUUGAUGUUCUGAAAGUUACACCUGAGGAAUAUGCAGGCCAAAUAACACUCAUGGAUAUUCCUGUAUUUAAAGCUAUUCAACCAGAGGAACUGUCAAGCUGUGGUUGGAAUAAAAAGGAAAAAUACAGUUCAGCACCAAAUGCAGUUGCUUUUACAAGAAGAUUCAACCAUGUAAGUUUUUGGGUUGUUAGAGAGAUUCUUCAUGCACAGACAUUAAAAAUAAGAGCUGAAGUCCUAAGCCACUAUAUUAAAACUGCUAAGAAACUUUAUGAACUAAAUAAUUUACAUGCUCUUAUGGCUGUGGUGUCUGGAUUGCAAAGUGCCCCCAUCUUCAGGUUGACUAAAACAUGGGCGUUACUGAGCCGAAAAGAUAAAGCUUCUUUUGACAAACUGGAAUACGUAAUGAGCAAAGAAGAUAAUUAUAAAAGACUUAGAGACUAUAUUAGUAGUUUGAAGAUGACUCCUUGUAUUCCUUAUUUAGGUAUUUAUCUCUCAGACUUGACGUAUAUUGACUCAGCAUAUCCAUCAACAGGAAGUAUUCUAGAAAAUGAGCAGAGAUCAAACUUAAUGAAUAAUAUCCUUAGAAUAAUUUCAGACUUACAGCAAUCUUGUGAAUAUGAUAUUCCUGUGUUGCCUCAUGUUCAAAAGUACCUGAAUUCUGUUCAGUAUAUAGAGGAACUUCAGAAGUUUGUGGAAGAUGAUAAUUAUAAACUUUCAUUAAAAAUAGAACCUGGGACCAGUACCCCACGUUCCACUGCAUCUCGUGAAGAUUUAGUUGGCGCUGAAGUGGGAGUUUCUCCCCAAACUGUGCGAAAGAAUGCUACAGCUGAAGGCGCAUUGCUACCACCAACUCCUCCAUCUCCUAGAAACCUGAUGCCUCAUGGGCAUAGAAAAUGUCACAGUUUGGGAUACAAUUUCAUUCAUAAAAUGAACACGGCAGAAUUUAAAAGUGCAACAUUCCCAAAUGCAGGACCAAGGCAUCUUUUAGAUGAUAGUGUCAUGGAACCACAUGCCCCAUUGCGGGGGCAGGCGGAGAGCUCCACUCUUUCCAGUGGAAUUUCAAUAGGUAGCAGUGAUGGUUCAGAGCUCAGUGAAGAAACUUCAUGGCCAGCAUUUGAAAGGAACAGAUUGUACCAUUCUCUUGGUCCGGUGACAAGAAUAGCUCGAAAUGGCUAUUGGAGCCACACGAAGGGCAGCAGUUCUGCAGAGUCUGAAGAUUUAGCUGUUCAUUUGUAUCCAGGAGCUGUUACUAUUCAAGGUGUUCUCAGAAGAAAAACUCUGUUGAAAGAGGGGAAGAAACCUACAGUAGCUUCUUGGACAAAAUACUGGGUGGCUUUGUGUGGAACACAGCUUUUCUACUAUGCUGCAAAGUCUUUGAAGGCAACAGAGAGAAAACACUUCAAAUCUACACCAAGUAAGAAUGUGUCAGUUGUGGGUUGGAUGGUUAUGAUGGCUGAUGAUCCAGAUCAUCCGGAUCUUUUCCUACUUACAGAUUCUGAAAAAGGGAAUUCGUAUAAGUUUCAAGCUGGUAACAGAAUGAAUGCAAUGCUGUGGUUCAAGCAUCUGAGUGCUGCCUGCCAAAGCAACAGACAACAGGUUCCUGCCAAUUUGAUGACUUUUGAGUGACAAGCUACUACAGAAUUUGAUCCAGGACACUAUUUUUGAAUGCUCUUUCACAGUUUGAGAAGUCCUGUUGAAGGCAUGCCAGCUGUACUUCUGUGCUAGGGCAAAGAUGGUAAACCUCUGAAGUUCUGAAUAAAAGCACUAAGAUUUCAGGGAAUGGAAUGCAACAUGAACUACCAUGAGACUUGCUGCUACUUAAUAUUCUCUGAACUGAUUUGUGGAAACCACUGCCUUAAAGAAUGAAAGGUUAUCCAACAUGAAACACCAAAUUUGUGUGUGUGUGUGUGUGUGUGU